GCAGAGUUGUCCGUGGGUACAGAACGUCGAGUGUGUUGGUGUACUUGUAAAAGUAACAGGGUUUAGGUUAAUGGAGCUUUUGUUUUGAUUUGACGACGACGUUUUAUGUGAUUGGAAUAGGCCCUCCCGGUUCCCGGUAAAUGAGUGAUUUUGAUUUUAAAAAUAAAGUACAGUAUCAGUAGUAGUUGUCAUUGUUCAUCGUAACUUAUCCACACUUUUUAUGUUUAAUGCGUCCUGACGAGAUGAAAGGAAGAGCAUUACUCUUACGUGGGCAGGGUUGGAAUAUUGGGUUAGGUGUAGUAAUUAGUACCGUUGAAUAAUAAGCAACGAUUUUAGUUGGGUUGUUAAGUGAAUAUGGGCAGCAAAAAUAAAUAGAUUCCGAAUUUAAUGUGUGGAGCUACUCUUUUUCUUCAGCACUGUCAUUGACAUGGAAAGUCUUAACAAACACUUGGGAUCAAAGUCAAUUUCGUGAUUAUUACAACAUGAAUUUAGAACCCAUACCUAGGUUAUCUCACGAUGACCCCAAAGUCGAUGAGCUGAUUGCCCAAAAUAAACCUGUUGUCAUCACUGGAUCAGAAUUAGUGAAGAGUGCUCUAAAGUGGGAUCUUGACUACUUAGAAGAAAGUAUUGGAUCCAGCAGUUGCACAGUUAUUGUCUCACGUAACCACAAGUUCAAGUAUUUUGAUACAAAUAAAGUGUCUCCUCAAGUUUUAGCUGACUUCAAACCUGUAUCAAAAAGAGUUAACUUGAAAAUGUCAGAGUUUCACAGAAGAUUACAAGACUGGAGAGAAGGAGAUGAAUGGUUAUAUUUACAGCAAAUGCUAGACAACACAAUGGGACCUGAGAUUGUAAAGGAUUUUCUAGGGUUUCGUUGGGACUGGAUCAAUGAAAAGCAAAAGAAACAUGGAUGGGGUCCUCUAACGUAUAAUUUGCUCCUUAUUGGAAUGGAAGGAAAUGUGACACCCUGUCAUUAUGAUGAACAACAAAACAUGUUUGCUCAGAUCCGAGGACUCAAAAGGUUCAUCCUCUUUCCUCCAGAUCAGUUUGAAUGUUUUUAUCCAUAUCCUGUUUAUCAUCCGUAUGACAGACAAAGUCAGGUUGAUUUUGAUAAACCAGAUUUGACAAGAUUCCCCAAGUUUGCCGAGGUGAGUGGACAAGAAGCAGUUGUGGGUCCUGGGGACGUACUCUAUAUACCAAUAUAUUGGUGGCAUCACGUUGAGUGUCUCAGGCACAACGGCUACACUGUAUCAGUCAACUUCUGGUACAAGUUCAUCUUGCUGUUAACAGGCAGGACCAACGGGCCAGAUAGUAUACCCAUUGAAAGGAAAUCAGAAGGUAGCCAUAAUGAGGAAUGUGGAGAAAAUGCUUGUAGAAGCUCUUCACGACCCCAACGAGGUGGGGCCUCUGUUACGAGCCCUGGUGCAGGGACGGUACAGUGAUCCGUAGUCUGCUCUUGUCUAUAGUUUUCUCAACAGUUCCUAUUGUUUUCCUCUUGUGUCAGUAUUUUCCAAGAAAAAAGUCAGUGAUAAGGAUUUAUUAAUGUAGUAGUAUAAGUACAAAGGGUGUAAGUUAUCAGCAUUCCCAUGUACUAUAAGUAAGUUCGGUUAUACCAAAAUUCAGAGUAAUGUCCACUGAAACCAAAUUACUGUUUGUUUAAACAACUUUAAUAUAGAUUACAGGUAGUACAUAUCUGUUGGUUAUAAUAUAUGUAGGCAUCCCAUGUAAGGGAUCAGAUAAAGUUUGGCUUGGAUACAGAUUAUAUUUCUAGAGGUUUGUUUUGAGAUUCAUUUGACUAGAUGGGAUUUUUGCACUCAGUACACAAAUGUUAAUCUGUCCUAAUCACGGGGUACAAAAAUGUUCAUUUUAAGUUUGGUUUUGUGAUGUGUUUUUAAUUAGGACCUACAAUUUUAAAAUUUUCAUGAAUGUAAGUACCAAUGCCUAAGCCUUGUGGCUUAGAGAUAUGAUGGAUGUGUUUAACAUGUUUGCUGCGGGCUACUAUAAUUGUAGUACCUGAGCACUAGCCUUCCAUGCGGCCUACUAAAAAUGUAGCACUGCACUCCGCUCCCCUCACUAACAUUGCCUCGGUAAGCUUUAGUUUGGACUUUUUAAAACUGAAUGCACCAUUUCCAAACAGAACUUUAAUUUACUACGGUAUUUUAACAUACUUCACACACUUGAUGAUAAAUGUCUUUAAUUUUUAAGUAGGGAUCUCAGUAGGUUAUCUGUGUACAGGCUCUCCACAAAAAACCAGAAUUGACCUAAAAAUUAAAAAUGACAUAAAAAGUCGGUUUAUUGGUUAUUUUACAAACAUUUUGCCUAGUUGGUUGGGAGCAAAGCUAAUGAAAGAGGUUGCCUAAGUUGCAUGCAUGACGUCACCCGCCGAACCGGACAGUGCUGCUUUUAAUUCACUCAGCUGACACCUGUUAAAUAUUUUGUUCUCAUUGUUUGUUUUUGUGUCUGUGCGAUGGAGUAAACUUUUCUUGUUUAGUGUUAUACUUUAAGUCAAAUAAAGUGAUUGAAUGCCUUGUGAGUGAUGUUUUGGUACAUUCUGUAUCAAUAAUAGCCAAAUAAAAACUCAUGACAUGCUUAAAAUAUUUUAUCAUAGAUUCUCUAAUGUAAGGAUAAAGAACUAUGCAAACGAUGGGCCAACUGCUGCAAAAGAGUUGAGUAAAUAAUUUGAUCCUCGUAAUUCCGUGAUUAGUUUGACAAAUUUUACUGUUGAUGAUUACAAACAAGAUUUUAUAACUUAACUGUUUGAUUUAUAGUCCUAGAGAUGAGGGUUCUGUAGCUAAGUGUAUUUCCAUCUGUCAACCUUGUUUUCAAGCAAAGAGAUAAUUUAGCACAACUAAAUAAAGUACUUGAUACAUGUCAUUUUCAUUAAAACUUUCAUUUACUAUCUUAAAAUUUUGACAAGUUAUUCUUGUUGUUGAAACUUUAAACAUAGGUAGACAGAUAGAAAUGCACCUGGCUGAAGAAUCCUAUUUGGGCUAAAUUUAACAGUUCUGCUUUCAAAUCUCGUUCAUAAUUGUCAUCAGUAAAAUGUUCAGAACAAAUUAAGGAAUACGAGGAUUAAAUUAUUGAUCUGCCUUUUUGCAGCAGUAGGCCUGUUGCCCUGUUGUUUGCAUUGUUCUUCGUCCUUGGGAAACCAAUAAUAAACUAUUUUAGGUCUGUCACUAUGUAACUCUAAACACUAUGUUUACAUUUGACUAUUGACACUGCAACAGCACAUCGCUCACCAUGCAUUUCAACCAAGCUAGUUAAACCAAAAAUUAUAAACAGGAAAAGAAUAUAAGACAGAGCAAAAUAAAACAAGAAUGAAAAAUAAAACUGAAAAAGUAAAAUAAUAUAAAACGGAAGAAAAAAAACCAGAAAGAAAUUUACUCAUCCACACUGAACGUAUACAAAACAAACAACAAUAGCAUUGAAUUUGACAGUUGUCAGCUGUGUGAAUUAAAAGCAGCUCUGCCAGGUUGGCAGGUGAUCAGAAUCAGAAUCAUUUAUUUGUCAUUGGACAUUACAAAAAAUGCAUUGACAUGAUUUGGCGUCAUGCACGUCUUAGGCAACCUUUUUUUAUUAGCCUUGAGUUAGAAGGGGUGUGCGAUGCAUCGAAAUUCCGAUUCGAUUUGAUGAAUCAAAUCGCGAUUCGAUUCAGUAGUGAUCAAAAAACUAUUUGAUUUAUGAGGGAGUCAGUAUCCAUACAGGAAAAACGCCUGCUGAAAGUCAACACAAUACCCGCAAUACAGGGGCGCAUUGAUGUUGCGUUUCCUUUGUGAAGGCCUUAUUUAAUUAAUUCUUUACUUGUAAAUAUUGCUUUGUUUUAUAAUUUUUUGUUUUGACAUUGCAAAUGAUAAGAAUUUUUGUUAAGUGUAAGCAGUGUGGGACAUGUUUUACUACUGUAAUAGCCAAAGCAAGUCACUCUAAAAUCAUCCUAAAAAUAACACAGGUCUGAAAAAUUGUUACUUGAUACCUACUUAACUAGUAAUAAUUGAUGUUUCAGACUGAUAAAUUUUGUAUUUUAUUUUCUGCUAUGUAUUCCUUGUAGUUUUAGCGAAUUUCCCUAUAGGUAGCUAUUACCGUAGGUCUCAUGGUAAGACCUAAGCCCGGGACCUAUUUACUUUUUCAUUUUGAUGUCCCCAGAGGCCAAAAACACCAUUCGUUCAAUUUUUUAUACAUCUAUAUAUAGAGAUAUAUACAUAUAUAUAUAUAUGUGUCCAUCCGCACGAUAACAUGAGUAAUUUUUGUCCGAUUUUGAUAAAAUUUGAUUUGAAGGUGUAAGGCGGGAUAAACUUGAACGAGUUCGCGAACCAGCAUGAUCGGACUAUGGGAACGGGAGUUUACGGGGGGUUUUAUGGGGUAAAAAUAGGUUUUUCCAAUUUAUGACCCAAAAAACAUAAAAUUUAGCAAUUUCUUUCCAAACCAUUUUGUAGUGCUUAAAAAAACAAAUAAUUUAGUAUAUUGAAGUGUUACUAUGCGCCUAAUGGUUACGGAGAAAAUAAAAAAAAAUGUAAAUUUUAAAUUCUAAUGUUAUUCUUAUGGAGAACAAGUAAACUGUUGUAGUUUGCUUGUUUAUGAACAUAUUUUGAUCAAAUUUGGAAAAUGUUUUUAUUUAUUACUAACUAUUAACAUUUUACAAAAAAAGCAGUUUUACCCUCCCUGAUGCAGCAAACUUAAGUACCUGUUAAACUAAUUCUAUUUAAUUAGGAAAUAAAUGUAAAAUUUUUAAGUAGACAUUUUAGUGUAAAUCCAUUCAGGCAAAUGGAAAUUCGCUUAGUCUGCAGGUUUGCUGCGGCGGGGGUAUUUAGGUCUGAUUCUAUCCUCUCAUUUCAUCAUUUUGAACCAAUUGAAAGUUUCAGAUAUUGCAGUUAUACUCAAGCUUUGCGUUUGCAAGGGGGAGGACACAGUUUGAUAAAAUUUGCUUCUUUAAAUUUACGGUAUACUAUAUAUAGUAUUAGACAUCUAUCAUAGCCAUAAUGUUUUACCACUAACUUCACCUAAACAAUAGAUAAAAAUCAAUUAUCAAAAAUUCGCAAAAUAUCACAAAUUAUUCACAAAAUUAAAAACAUAAACAUAACUGUAUACAAUCCUACACUGUGACAGUUUUCAUCGCGUAUCGCAGUUUUUUGUUACUGCUUAGUUCAAAUUAGCUGUUGACAUAAAUGCAAAAAGAUAAUGGUGCUGCACCCUGUUGGUAAAUCUUUUAACUUGUUAAUGCUUUUGCAUAUCAUAGAACCAACUUUUUUAGUUGAAACAGCUGACUAAAU